UAAAAAGCAGCCCCGCUCGAUGUGGCAUCAUGACUUAGCUCGCAGGCGUUGCAGGUGACUGGAGCGUCCUGGAGGCUGGAGGAGGGUCCGGUGCUGCGGCUUUGGAGCUCCGAGCGAGGUGACCCCGGGACCUGGGACGAUGAAGCAGAGGCACGGGAAGAGUCACAGCAGCGGGCAGAUGUGUGAGAGAAAAGUAAGUCUGGACAGAUUCCUUUUUUAAGCCUCGCUUGAGCCAUAAAAGAAGAUCACUCACAAUGGAGGAGAGCGCCCCACAAGCCCCCAAUCUGGCGCAGGCGGCCGCCUCCAAGCUGUCGCAAAUGGGGGAAAGAACUAAACAACUGGGAACGGCCAUGCAAGACCCCGUCCGGCAGAAUCGCCUCAUCCUGGUGAUCGUGUGCGUGGUGCUCCUCCUGGACAACAUGCUGUACAUGGUGAUCGUGCCCAUCAUCCCGGACUACCUGGAAGGGCUGCAGAAGGCGGCGGACCGCGCUCAGGUGCCCCUGCAGGGGAACUUCUCCAACGCCACCGGGCACCGUGCGGCCAAGGGCAACUUUGACAUGCAGAUCGGGAUCCUGUUCGCCUCCAAAGCCAUCGUGCAGCUGCUGGUCAACCCCCUGAGCGGCACCUUCAUCGACCGGGUGGGCUACGACAUCCCGCUGGUCAUCGGCCUCAGCAUCAUGUUCCUCUCCACCCUGGUCUUCGCCUUCGCCGAGAACUACAGCACCUUGUUCGUGGCUCGCAGCAUGCAGGGCAUCGGCUCGGCCUUCGCCGACACCUCCGGCAUCGCCCUGAUCGCCGACCGCUACACGGAGGAGACGGAGCGGAGCAAGGCGCUGGGCAUAGCCCUGGCUUUUAUUUCCUUCGGGAGCCUGGCGGCGCCCCCCUUCGGCGGGGUCCUCUACGAGUUCGCAGGGAAGCCGGUGCCCUUCCUGAUCCUGGCCACCGUGUGCCUCGUCGACGGCGUCCUGUGCCUCCUGGUGCUCAAGCCUUUCUCCAACCGGGAGAGGGCGAACAUGCCGGUGGGCACCCCCAUGUACAAGCUCAUGCUGGACCCCUACAUCGCGGUGGUGGCCGGGGCGCUGACAAUCUGCAACAUCCCCUUAGCCUUCCUGGAGCCCACCAUCGCCAACUGGAUGGAGGACACCAUGAGAGCCAGCCAGUGGGAGAUCGGCAUGACGUGGUUCCCCGCCUUCUUCCCCCACAUCCUGGGGGUGUUCCUCACCGUCAAGCUGGCCGCCAAGUACCCGCACCUGCAGUGGUUCUACGGCGCCAUCGGCAUGGUGUUCAUCGGGGCCAGCUCCUGCACGGUGCCGGCUUGCAAGAACUUCGGGGAGCUCAUGAUCCCGCUGUGCGGGAUCUGCUUCGGCAUCGCCUUCGUGGACACGGCGCUGCUCCCCACGCUAGGCUUCCUGGUGGACGUGCGCCACGUCUCCGUGUACGGCAGCGUGUACGCCAUCGCCGACAUCUCCUACUGCGUGGCCUACGCCAUGGGGCCGGUGGUGGCCGGCAAGAUCGUGCACGACCUGGGCUUCGAGCAGCUCAACCUGGGCAUGGGUCUGGCCAACGUGCUCUACGCGCCCGCCCUGCUCCUGCUGAGGAACGUGGCCCAGAUGAGGCCGUCCUACUCGGAGAGGAACAUGCUGCUGGAGGACGGCACCUCGGGACUUUACGACUCCAUCAAGAUGGAGCAGAAGGAGAAGAAGAGGAAAGGCCUGUGCACCACCAUCGACGAGAACGGCAUCGAGACCUUCGUGCGGCGCUCCUGCUCCGAGGAGGAAUCCUCAGGUGGAGAAUAUGCGUGAAAUUGUGAAAUAAGUGCCAAAAUGUAGUCGUCUCCUCCCACUUUAAUCGAUAACACAAUUAAAGAUUGUGUCGCUUCAGCUGUUUGCAGUAGAAAGAAGCCAUGCUGUGGCCUUUUUCCACCUUCAAAGUGAUUGUAUUAGUGACUUAUAAGUUGAUUCAAUGCAGGGAUUCAAGUCAAUAACACACGUCAUGUCUUUAUGCGGGAACGGUUUCGCCUUUUAAGUUGCACCGGGCAAUAAUUAUGCAAAAAUGUUGAGUGUGUGUGUGUGUGUUUGUUUGUUUGUGUGUAUGUGUUCUUGAAGCUCUUAACUCGGGUCUUCUGUUUUGAUGAUGUAAUCACGGAAUGCAAAAGCCUCAAAAUGUAUGAUCAGCUAGUGUACAUACAUGUAUAUCGGUGUACAUAAAUAAAUGAAUAUCACGUCAAGCCA